GCUGGCGCAGCUGCCGUGGUGGCAGCGGCUGAAGUGGCGGCGCCUGCGGUGGCUGCAACAGCCUCGAGCUCGGGGCUUUGGCGGCGGCGCCCGCGGGCUGGGCUGCGCGGUGCGGACCCCGGCGCGCGGUCCAGGUUGCUGGGGCGGCGCGUAAGAUGCUUCUGAUGGAGGAGUUUCUGAGAAGCACCUCUGGGCCAGUGGCUUUGAAAGGGAGCUCAAAGCAGAGACUAUUUAAAGCUCUGGACAUCGCAUCCUGAGGGCUACUGUCGAGGAGAGCAUGGCUGUGAGUUUAGAUGACGACGUUCCCCUCAUCCUGACCUUGGACGAGGGUGGCAGUGCCCCACUAGCUCCCUCCAACAGCCUGGGCCAAGAGGAGCUGCCUAGCAGAAAUGGAGGCAGCUAUGCUGUCCAGGACUCCCAGACCUCCAGCCUCGGCUUGGGGGGUGAGAGUCCCCCAUCAAGCCCCACGGGACACAACUGGGAGAUCAAUUAUCAAGAGGCAGCAAUCUACCUCCAGGAAGGCGAGAAUAACGACAAGUUCUUCACCCACCCCAAGAACGCCAAAGCGCUGGCGGCCUACCUCUUCGCACACAACCACCUCUUCUACCUGAUGGAGCUGUCCACAGCUCUGCUCCUAUUGCUGCUGUCUCUGUGCGAGGCCCCUGCCGUCCCUGCUCUCCGGCUCGGCAUUUACGUCCAUGCGACCCUGGAGCUGUUUGCCCUGAUGGUGGUUGUGUUUGAACUCUGCAUGAAAUUGCGGUGGCUGGGCCUCCAUACCUUCAUCCGGCAUAAACGGACCAUGGUCAAGACCUCCGUGCUGGUGGUGCAGUUCAUCGAGGCCAUCGUGGUGUUGGUACGGCAGACGUCCCACGUGCGUGUGACCCGGGCGCUGCGCUGCAUUUUCCUGGUGGACUGUCGGUACUGCGGGGGCGUCCGGCGCAACCUGCGGCAGAUCUUCCAAUCUCUGCCGCCCUUCAUGGACAUCCUCCUGCUGCUGCUCUUUUUCAUGAUCAUUUUCGCCAUCCUAGGCUUCUACUUAUUCUCCCCUAAUCCUUCAGACCCUUACUUCAGCACGCUAGAGAACAGCAUUGUCAGUCUGUUUGUCCUUCUGACCACAGCCAAUUUCCCAGAUGUGAUGAUGCCCUCCUACUCCCGGAAUCCCUGGUCCUGUGUCUUCUUCAUCGUCUACCUCUCCAUCGAGCUGUACUUCAUCAUGAACCUGCUUCUGGCUGUUGUGUUCGACACCUUCAAUGAUAUUGAGAAACGCAAGUUCAAGUCUUUGCUGCUGCAUAAGCGAACCGCCAUCCAGCAUGCCUACCGCCUGCUCAUCAGCCAACGGAGGCCCGCCGGCAUCUCCUACAGGCAGUUUGAAGGCCUGAUGCGCUUCUACAGGCCCCGGAUGAGUGCCAGGGAGCGUUAUCUUACUUUUAAGGCCCUGAAUCAGAGCAACACACCUCUGCUCAGCCUGAAGGACUUUUAUGAUAUUUAUGAAGUCGCUGCCUUGAAAUGGAAGGCAAAGAGAAAUAGAGAACACUGGUUUGAUGAGCUUCCCAGAACAGCAUUCCUCAUCUUCAAAGGAAUUAAUAUCCUUGUGAAAUCCAAGGCCUUCCAGUACUUCAUGUACUUGGUGGUGGCUGUCAAUGGGGUCUGGAUCCUCGUGGAGACCUUCAUGCUGAAAGGCGGGAACUUCUUCUCUAAGCACGUGCCGUGGAGUUAUGUCGUCUUUCUGACUAUCUACGGGGUGGAGCUAUUCCUGAAGGUUGCUGGCCUUGGUCCCCUUGAAUACCUGUCCUCCGGGUGGAAUCUGUUCGACUUCUCUGUCACUCUGUUUGCCUUUCUGGGACUGCUGGCUCUGGCCUUCAACAUGGAGCCCUUUUAUUUCAUAGUGGUCCUGCGUCCCCUCCAGCUGCUCAGGUUGUUUAAGUUGAAAAAGCGCUACCGUAAUGUGCUGGACACCAUGUUUGAGCUGCUGCCCCGGAUGGCCAGCCUGGGCCUCACCCUGCUCAUCUUUUACUACUCCUUCGCCAUCGUGGGCAUGGAAUUCUUCUGUGGAAUCCUCUACCCCAACUGCUGCAAUACGAGCACAGUAUCUGAUGCCUACCGCUGGCUCAAUCACACUGUGGGCAACAGGACCGUUGUGGACGAAGGCUACUACUAUCUUAAUAACUUUGACAACAUCCUAAACAGCUUUGUGACCUUGUUCGAGCUCACAGUUGUCAACAACUGGUACAUCAUUAUGGAAGGUGUCACCUCUCAGACCUCACACUGGAGCCGUCUGUACUUCAUGACUUUUUACAUCGUGACCAUGGUGGUGAUGACUAUCAUUGUCGCCUUCAUCCUUGAAGCCUUCGUCUUCCGAAUGAACUACAGCCGCAAGAACCAGGACUCGGAAGUUGAUGGUGGCAUCACCCUUGAGAAGGAAAUCUCCAAAGAUGAGCUGCUUGCUGUCCUGGAGCUCUACCGGGAGGUGCGAGGAGCCACCUCGGAUAUCACCCGGCUGCUCACAGUCCUCUCUCAGAUGGAGAGACACGAGCAAAACACCGUGGUGUUUCUGGGACGGAGAUCAAGGACCAAAAGUGACCUGAGCCUUAAGAUGUACCAAGAGGAGAUUCAGGAGUGGUACGAGGAACACGCCCGCAAGCAAGAGGAGCAGCAGCGACAGCUCAGCAGCAGCGGCCAGGUCCCCACCACCCAGCAGCUCCCAGGCAGCCGCCAGCGCUCCCAGACCAUCACCUAACCCCAGCGUGUGAAAGCCAUCUCUUCUAUGCAAUAACACAAUAGUAUUAUUUUACUACAAUGUAUUGAAAAAAAUGCGUGUGUGUGUAUACAUGCACAUGCAUUCAUAUAUAUGCACAUAUUUAUAUAUAGGAAGAGAAAAGACAAGGUGGGGUUUGGUGCGUAACUGCCCUGCCCUGUUUUCCUUAACCCCAGAAGUUGCUUUGGUUUGGGGGGUCAGGCCACCUUGAGCUCUUUCUAUUGUGGAAGGUUCUGGAAGGCCUCUUCAGAAGAAGACCACUUCUGCGAUCUCCGCAGGGCUCACCUUCAAAGUGGGCCGGCCCACCCUAGGCCAGAUCCAGACCGUCUUCCCGAUGCUGCUCUCACACUCGCGUCCCGGCUGACUGACAGCUUCCCCACUAACUUUCCCUGCAGCCCGUGUCACGGGGUUUCUGUGGCCUGCUUUAGGGACAAAACCACUUAGGAUGUGGGUUAGUGUUUCUAUAUAUAUGAUAAUAUAAUACAGCAUUCCUUUGGGGGAACCAGUGCCUAGGGCAUAACGGAGAGAGUAAUCAAGGGGUGUGAUCAUCCCCAGGCAGUCAGAUCUCAGCCAGUGCUGGCAGUGCGAGAUUGCUGGAAUUUCACACCCCAGCCCUGGACGCCUUCUCUCCCACACUUCCUUUGGGUUAACUCUUGUUGCUGCAUAUCCUUGUAAACGCCUCCUUUAGAAUCUCAGCCCAGCAGGAGGGUAGCAAGCAGCAGGCCAGGCUGAUGGCUACCAUCCGGGGCCAAUCCCUGAGAUGGGCUUUCUCCACCAGAUCCCUUUUCCCUGUGAUUUUCCUGUUCCUGCAGAGAGACAUCCUGGUAAACACAGGAUCCUGCUAAAGACAGUGGCGGAUCCUUCACAUCGGGCAUUAGGUUCUGCAGCUGGGAAGGGGCGCACCGAGCAGAUGCUGACCGCGGGAGGUCCACAGCAGCCCUGCAGCUAGGCGCCUGCUGGUCCCCUGGGACAGCACCCCCACCUUGAGUAGUCCCCUCCGUGGACUCCACAGAGGCCAGAACAGGGACUCAGCUUGCCCCAGGUUUUGCCACUGGCACAGCUAGGUUCAGGUGGGCCCUCAGUUAACUGAGCACCCCCUCUCCGUAUCUUGUGGGAGUUCUCCUGACAGCAUGAUUGGGGUAGGACUGGUGCUUGAAUUCAGAGCAGGCGUUGGGGUUGGCAGCCCUGGUGAGCACUGUUGGUGGCAGCAGCAGAAGCAGGGUCAGAGCUGAGGGUGGUUCGGCUCACCUGGGCUGCAAACUCCAGUGGUGCAGGAGGGGGAGGUGGUAGGGUGAAAGGGGUGGGCAGGGGGCAGGGGAAGCAGCCCCCACUGGGCCUUCUGGUCUAACCCCAGCUUUCCAGACUCCUCCACAGCCUCCUAGCACUUAGGAAGGUGGGUGGGUGGAAGUUCCCCUGCCACACUCUCUUCGUAGCCGGGCAUGGCCUGAUCCUAGGGGUCCCAUACUGGCUCCCCCUGCCGCCUCUCCCUGGCCAUCUCCAAGGCCAAGUCUUCUCGAGGGUGGCCCUGGAGUGGCUGAUUCCCAGAGCCAACAUUGCACGGCUGUGCCCCUUACCAGGGGAGGAGCAGUAGACAUUUGUUUCUGUUUUUAAAGCACAGCCCUUUGGGGAAACAAUGAAACAGUGAGAUCCCCACGGGGCACCAGGAGAUUGGCAUUGUCCUCUCUGUCUCUGGAAGGCCACCAGCCAAUCAAUAUGUGCAGCUCUGCAUCGAGCCUCAAGCCAGAACCCCUUGCCCUCUCCAGAGAAGGAACUUUAUUUAUUUGCACAAUUGGGUGCCUUUAAGCAUUUGUGUGUUGAAAUGGGUAUUUUGGAAUCCGGAGUCAAGGGGCAACUUUCAAAGAAGGAUAGGUCCUCUGCCCUAGUGUCUGGGCCUCAUUCUAGUACCCUCCCCUAUGAACGAGGGAGGGGCCCCAGGGCCAUUGCCCCUGAUGUGUGUGGGGGAGCUAGUACCAGGACGGGUGGUAACUAAUACUCCCUCCAGCCCUGUCCUCUGAGAAAGGCCCUUGUUUAAGCUAAAUGGGAUGAAUGCAGUGGCAAUCAUGCAGCCGGCGAGACUCCAGCCAGUAGUCAGCAUCCUUAUAAUGGAGGCUAAGGGCAGUUGGCCCCUUGGGGUCACUCAGGGCUGUGAGAUCUGAGGGGCCCGGGACAUUAUCCAGCUCAGAUGCCCUCUCACCACUCAAGUCCUAGCUGAAUGAAACCAAGGUCAACCUUGCAACCUGCCCUGGGUCCCACCACCUGCCCUCGGCUGUGAUGGCACUAAGCCCCUGCCCUGCUUUGGGGGAACACCACAUGGUCCCUCCUCCUUGCUUCCCUUCCCCAACCCAGCCUUACUCCACACAUGACAAUCAUUUUGUACGGAUAGCGGGAGCAACACUGUAAGGUUUUGUACAUCGGUGAUUUGUUACCUAGAAAACCCACUGUGUCUCCAGACUUCUGGCGUAUUAAUUAAAAGCCUCUGCUUUGUAAA